AUGCCCAACCUGUAUGUGCUCAUUAUAGGGGCAGGCUUCAGCGGCUUAUAUCAGCUCUACACCCUCCGUCCUCUUGGACUUCGUGUCAAGAUCUUCGAGGCCGCGCCUGAUAUCGGAGGAGUAUGGUACUGGAAUUGUUAUCCUGGUGCCAGGGUCGAUACAGGCAGCGAGUGUUAUCAGUUUUCUCUGAGCUCACUCUGGAAGGAUUGGAAUUGGACCGAGAUGUUUCCUGGGCAAAACGAAAUGCAAAAAUACUUCCAUCACGUCGACGAGAAACUGGAUCUGAAAAAAGACAUAUGUUUAAAUACUCGUGUCAGGUCUGCGGAAUGGCAAGAGUGUGAGAAGAAGUGGAUCAUCACAACUGAGGAUGGGACUAUUGUGCGGACUCGAUUCUUUUUCAUUUGCGCGGGGGUAAAUACAGAACCGCUCAUUCCCAAGUUCGAGGGUUUAGACACCUUCAAAGGUGUCUGGCACCAUACAGCGCGUUGGCCUCGCAAUGGACUUGAUCUUAUUGGCAAACGGGUCGCGGUGAUCGGGACGGGAGCGUCGGGUGUACAGGUAUCACAGGAAGCAGCAGCAUGCGCUUCCAAGCUUACUAUCUUCCAACGCACGGCUAAUCCAUGCCUCCCAAUGCGCCAACGAAAGAUCUACACAUGUACCGCAGAACUAGAGAGCAACAAGAAGCGCAAGGAAGAUUUGUAUCCAGCCAUGUUUCGUCGAAUGCUGCAAACUCCGGGUGGACUAGCGUAUACGAGCGUACCGCAAACGACAUUCUCGGUAACACCGGAGGAACGGCAUUUGUUCUAUGAGCAGCUUUAUGCACAAGGCGGUGUCGGGUUAUGGCUUUGUGGUUACAGUGAUGCCCUAACCGAUCGAAAGGCCAACGACGAAGUGUAUGCUUUCUGGCGAAGAAAGACGUUAAGACGGAUCAAAGAUCCCAAGGUUGCCGAGAAACUCGCACCUGAACAUCCAGAAAAUGCAUUUGGUGUUAAGCGAAUAAGUUUGGAGCAGAAUUUCUACGAAAUCUUCAACCAAGAUAACGUCGAACUUGUGGAUUUGAGUGAGAACCCAAUUGAGCGUAUCAGCGAGGAUGGAAUUAUCACCAAGGACGGUACAGAGCAUUUAAUUGACGUCUUGGUUAUGGCCACAGGUUUCGAUUCUAUAUCUGGGAGUAUCACAGCGAUCGACAUUAAAGGAAAAAACGGAGUGACCAUUCAGGAGAAAUGGUCGCAAGGCACUCACACGUACCUCGGCGAGAUACACGGAGAGUGGCUCGCCAACCUUAUGAAAUAUGCCCAAACAAAGCACAUCGAACGUAUCGAGACUUGUCCAGAGGCAGAGGAAGGUUGGCGGCAGCUUGUGUUCGGCAUCAAUGCGAUGACCCUUUUUGCGACUGGUAAAAGCUGGUAUAACGGAGCCAACAUCGAGAACAAGCCUUUUGAACCAUUGAGUUUUGUCGGUGGCGUGCCUUUGUACAUGCAAAAGUGCCAAGAGGUGGCUGAGCACAACUAUGAAGGAUUUGUUCUGUCAUAAUCUGAGAAGUCUUUGAGGAUGUAAUAGUAUCACCGCAGUAUAGAAUAACCAAAACUUGUCGAAGCAGGCGGAACAAUGAUUUGAUUCGCAUUUCUGAUACUGUCCGGCACUACCGGUACAUACAUAGUUCCUGUCCUUAAAUUAAUCCGAGUCGAUUGUUCUGCUGUUUUGUUCGGCUUGGACGAAUGUCACGACUGCAAGGCUUUCUGCAUUCCAAUCUUCUAUAUGUUCAGGAAAGCAACAGAUAUCCAAUAAAACGACCACGAUGACAGACAUGUACGUUCUUCACCAGAUUAUUUCAAAGACACAUCGGUAUAUUCGACGCGUAUAUCCCAUCAAUGCACAGCGAAUGUGUCAAGUUUCUUUGUUUCGUCUUGGCUAUCGGGUGGCCGAAAUUUUGAUGGAUUAGACCAUUGACCCCUCUUUGUGGCUUUGUCAAUUGACGAAAGAAGAAAACACAAAGGGCAAUGUUUCACCCUUUGUCC